UGCGCCGUGAGUCACGCGGCUCCGCCACGCUAGUUACUGACGGCCGCUUUGGAGCGAUGAUGGAUUUCGAGAAUCUCUUCUCCAAGCCCCCAAACCCCGCUCUUGGCAGAGAGCUGGCUGUGGACUCUGGAGAAAGAACCGAUGAUGAAAUUGAUGAUACUGAAGUUGAAGAAACACAGGAAGAGAAAAUAAAAUGUGAAGUAAAACAGGAAUGUGAACAAAUUUCAAAAAAACCCAAGUUUAGGCACUCGAGAAACUCUACAUCACUGAAGACUUUGCAACCCAGAAAAUCAAGAAGUAAGGACUAUGAUGCAUAUAGUGAUAAUGAUGUCUGCAGUCAGGACUCAGAAGAUAAUUUUGCUAAAGAACUUCAACAGUAUAUACAAGCUAAAGAAAUGGCAAAUGCAUCUCAGUCUUUGCCAUCUCCUGAAGAAUCUAUGAAGAAAGGUAGAGCAAAGGAUACCCAGAAAGCUGUUAAGCAAAAUAAUAAAAAUAUUAAAAAUAUUCACAAGAAUGGUAAGCAGAAGAAAAUAAAGCGAAAACGGCCUGGCUCUGGAGACAAAGGAUCAAAUGUUUCAUUAAGGAAGAGGGGCUCACAGCAACAGGAUGCCAAAGCUAAUGAGAAGCCACAGCAAGUGAGAAUGAGUCAAGAAUUCAUCAACCAGCAUACAGUGGAACGCAAGGGAAAACAUAUUUGUAAAUAUUUUCUUGAAAGGAAAUGUAUUAAGGGAGACCAGUGUAAAUUUGAUCAUGAUGCAGAGAUAGAGAAGAAAAAGGAAAUGUGCAAGUUUUAUGUACAAGGAUAUUGUACCAGAGGUGAAAAUUGUCUGUACUUGCAUAAUGAAUAUCCUUGCAAGUUUUACCAUACAGGAGCAAAAUGUUAUCAGGGAGAGUACUGCAAAUUUUCUCAUGAUCCACUGACUGCUGAGACACAAGAACUGUUGGCUAAAGUUUUAGAUUCAGGAAAGAAGUCACCAUGAAAAUAAAAUACAUAAAAAGCUUUGUCUAGCUGAAGAGUGCUUGUAUCAAGAUUGUUUAAGACUGUUCAAGACUGGCGAUUUGAAGUGGUUUGAUUCCUUAUUUAAAGCACCCUCUUGUGUCACGAUGGUGUGCAACUUUUGUGAAUGGCUUGGGAGACAGAAUUUAGUAUAUAAGUGAAGGAGUUGAUCUUCACCAAGAGUUACAGGAGAUGAAAAAAAUAUAUAUAUAUAUGGCAGAUGCUGGCUGGUGGAUAAAUGUGAUAAUAGCAGAAGUCUCUCCUGAAAGACUGAGUCUUCCCAUUUGGUUGGACUGAGUGAGGAUGCAUGAGUAGGGGUUAAAGAUCUAAAGAGAGAAACUGCUAGGCUUCUUUAGGAAGACACUUAAUAGUAGAUAAGCAGUGAAUUAACUGUUUAUACCAUGUCAUGUCAAAUGCUUUUCAUAAUCUUUUUUUUUUUUUUUUUAAACCAAAGCACUGUUCAGCUCUGGUUUAUGGUGGUGUGAGGGAUUGAAUUUGGGACUUUGGAGCCUCAGGCAUGAGAGUCUGUUUGCAUAACCAUUAUGCUAUCUACCCUCCCAAACUUUUUUUUUUUUUCAAAAGUCAUUUUUAUUUUGAUGUCUGGGAUCAAAACCAGGUCCUCAUACAUACAGAGCUUAUACUUUACUCCCUACCUCACAUGUUUUUAGUGGUUGUUCACAGUUCUGUUAUCGCUUCAUUUAUGUUAAAAAUAAGUAGGGGAUAAAAAUCUCUGUGAGUAAUUAUUUCAUGAAAGCAUCUUUUAUGUAGGUCAUCAUUACAGAAAACACUAAGAAGACUGGACAAAAUUAUCCAUUUUAUGCCACAGUUUUCAUGUAUUUUUUUUUUUAUCAGUUUCUAAAAGCCAUGUUAUAAUAAAGGUCAGUUAUUGACACUUGCUAAAACAAUAUGCCAAAUAUGUUGUCUUCUGAUCCUUUUAACUUGAUCAGUUGUAGAACUUAAAGAAUUCAGCAUAAUUGUCUUAGUUCACUGACCAUUUUUGAUAACCAUAGCCAUUGGAAAAUAACAGCUUUCCAUGGUCAAAAUACCUGUGUAAUUCAGUGCUUUGACUUAAAUAGAAGUGUGCGCACUACUUUAGAAUUUGAUGAGAUCAGAAUAUUUUAAGUUAAGCAUCUACUGAAUACUAAGGAUCAUAGAUGCUAAAACUUUAAAAACCUGUUAUAAUUCUAUAAUAGGAAUUAUCUCAGUAGUAAUAGUUACUACUAUUUAUAGAUGAACAAGCCCUGUCAGUAAGAAGAUAUUACCUAGUUUGGGUACUAUAUCUUAUAUUCUUAGUUGUGUACUAACUAUUCUAACUAUUCUUAGUUGUGUACUCACUCCCCUCCCCUCCAAAACUGAAUUUCAGUUUUGUUUAGGUAUCUGUAUGACAUCCACUGUGCUUUGUGGAUAGUGGCUUCCAACCCGUAGGGCUGUUAUUAACAAGGAUCUAACGUUGUAGUUCUUAACCUUGACCUGACACUGAAAUCACCUAGGAAACUUUUUACAAAUUACUACUAUUGCUGGGGACCCAGUCACAGAAAUUCUGAUUUGGGAUGUAAGGAAGACUUGGAGGUGGAUAUGAGAUUUCCAGUAGCUCUCAGGUGAUUCUAAAGCAUAGCUAAGGUUGAAAACUCCUGGUCUUCACAUAAAACAAAAGUGUCAUUCUUCUUGCCAAUAGUUGGUUUAGGCUUGAAAUAGAGUGCAUAACCAACUGAUGUGUAGAAGUCAAAGAUCAGAAACAUCUGAGAGAUUAUUAUUAUUAUUAUUAUUAACCCUGGGGAAAUAAGCUGUGGUGUUUUGAGGGCAGUGUGUCAAGAACUGAGAGCAGGGAGUCGGGUGAUAGCGCAGUGGGUUAAGCGCAAGGACCGGCGUAAGGACCCCGGUUCGAGCCCCUGCUCCCCACCUGCAGGGGAGUUGCUUCACAGGCAGUGAAGCAGGUCUGCAGGUGUCUGUCUUUCUCUCCCCCUCUCUGUCUUCCCCUCCUCUCUCCAUUUCUCUCUGUCCUAUCCAACAACGAUGACAUCAAGAACAAAAAUAAUAACUACAACAGUAAAACAACAAGGGCAACAAAGGGAAAAAUAAAUAAAUAUUUAAAUAAAAAAAAGAACUGAGAGCAAGGUAGGUGAAAUAGUUUACCUGGGGGGGGCCAGGUGGUAGUGCAGUGGGUUAAGGCACACAGAUUGUGCAAGGCGGAAGGAUCCCAGUUCGAGCCCCCGGCUUCCUACCUGCAGGGGAGUCGCUUCACAGGUGGUGAAGCAGGUCUGCAGGUGUCUAUCUUUCUCUCCCCCUCUUGUCUAUCUUUCUCUCCCCCUCCUCUCUCCAUUUCUCUCUGUCAUAUCCAACAACAAUGACAACAACAACGAUCAACCAGGGAAAAAAAUGGUCUCCAGGAGCAGUGGAGUUGUAGUGCAGGCACUGAGCCUCAGCAAUAACCCUGAUAACCCUGAAGGCAAAAUAAAUAAAUAAAUAAAUAAAUAAAUAGUUUACUUGGGUUGUAGUGUACUACUUUGUCAUGUGCAUGACCCAGGUUUGAGCACAGCCCACACAUUGAAGGAAACUUUGAUGCUAUGGUCUCUUUCACUCUCUCUCUUCCUCUCUGUCUGUCUUUAUCUUAAAGUUAGGAGCAGCUUUCUAGUGAUGUAGAAGUUACUGAUUCUGCCAACAACCUGAAUGAACUAGGGAGAGUUGCUCCAGAUUCAUUUUUGUGUUUUCUCUUUCCAGUCUCAAAUCGGCCACAUUUCAAGAAAUCUAGAUUCCUUUUUAUAGAGAAAAAUAUUUACAGUUCAAGAUCUGGAUGUACUCAUCUAUUGAGUCUAGUCAGAUGAAGCAUACGUGAGAAUGUAGCUGCUUGAUGGGCUUUUGUACAGAUGAGGAAGUAUGAAAGAUAUUGGGGUGGAUAUGGAUAGUGGUACUAUUAUUAUUAAUUUAACAGGAGGGGAGUGGGUUGAAGAGUGAAAGAACCUGGGCUAGGAAGAUAGCACAAUGGUUAUGCAAAAAAAAAUAAAUAAAUAACUUUCUUGUCUGAGAGGUCCUAAAGGUACUAGGUUUAAUCCCUAGUGUCACUAUACAUCAGAGUUGAUCUGUGCUGUGGUUUAAGGAAAAAAAAAAAAAAAAAAGAACCAGCAUCAUUCUGGCAUAUGUGAUGUUGGGUGCUCCUGGGACUUUUGAGGAGCUCCAAAUUGUUUUUUUUUCUUCUCUUUACUAGAGACUCCGUUUUUGGUUUAUGGUGGUGCAGGGGACUGAACCUGGGACCUCAGGUCCUCGGGCAUGAGAGUCUAUUUGCAUAACCAUAUGCUUUCCCCCCUGCUCAGAUCUGUUCUGUUCACUCCAUUGACUUUUAGGGUACUAGUUUUCAUUUAUUAUAGUUGCAUGUCUGGUGAUCUUCAAGGCUAUUGUUGCUGGAGAUGGAAAUGAAAGUCGGGCAAACUAAAAUGCCACUAGGCAUGUUACAGCUGAAUCUUGACCUCGCUGUUUUUCUAAAUAAAUUCUCUUUGAAUUGUUGUAAGCCUUUAAUUUGCAGAGUAUUGGUAAUGUUGAUUUUGACUAUUUUUGCCUUUUGUGGAGUAGUGAAUUUUCAGAGAUGUUUAGUCUGCCCCUCCAGAACUGAAAACUUCGACUUGAUUGCUUGUUGUCUAUCUCCCCCUACUCCCACCCCGACACACUUAUCUUCAUUUCAGGAUUAUUUGCUUACAGCUGAUAAGAAGACAGUCUUCUAGUUAUUUUAUUUCAGAAUUUCCCUUCCCUACCUGAGUGUCCAAGGCAUUCAUCUUCCUGGAAGGAUGUCCCUCUUUUUCUGAGUGAUUGGGACCUUCUUUCUUGCUCCAGGUUUUAAACUACCUCUUUAAGGGAUUCCACAGAAGUGACCUUAUUUACCAUUCAUAUUAGUCUUAAAUAGAGUUUUGUAUCACAGCUGUAUUCUGUGAAAAAAAAAUUCAAAUUUACUUGACUGAUGUGUUGCUUGGCAGGCAUAUUGUUACAUAAUAAUGUAAACUGGUCUUCAGACUUCUUGAACAAAUUUGUGAUUCAGUCCCACAUCUGCUGACACACCAGCUCUGUUCAGCUUCCCGAAUGCCUGCAGACUGCAAGCCAAUUUAAACUUCCUAGUGUAGCUGAGUUCAGUUAGGCUAACCCGGAAUCAACAGAAAUACUUAUUUUAGCCAGUGUACAUAACACAGUCAUUUUAGUCUGUGAAGGAGACAAACCUGGCCCCGGUGAAUUCCCAGUUGUCUGAGUGAGUGAAUACCCAUCCUUGUGCAGCUGAGAAACGUUCUAUGUUCUCUCCACGCAGAGCAGCCCCUCAGAAAACAAACCUGCCCAGCUUCCCCUGGUCUGUUUCUACAGACUGCCAGAAGUUCUGCAGGAAAGAUUGUAUUUCCUGGGUUUGCUCUACAGCUGUAUCUGUAGCAAGAAAAUGUGGAAAGGGACAAAUGGCCUUGUGAUGUGCGGACCUUCCCAUUUAGUGGCUGGAAAGCAAGACAGGGAAGGGAACACCUGUAACAAAUGGGAAGACCUGCAAGGUUUAGCUGGGAGACACUGCUGGUGCCCAUGGUCUGUUAAGUCUCAGCAAGAGCACUGUCCGGCUACCGUGAAAACUGAAUAUGUUUAUAGCAAUAAAUCCUCACUAAAGGGUUGGGUGAAUUGA